CCCGGCCGCCUUGGGGACGCAGCAACUUGGUGAGGGUCACAGGGCUCCGGACCAGACAGCACCCGAGCCGGCCGCGGGCACCGCCGUGGGACAGAAGGGCCAGUGGCUCCCUCGGUCCCUUGCAGCCCCUGAAGCAUCUUUCCUGCUCGUCCAGGUAGAGUGAGCCUGAGGCCAGUGGAUGAACAGACAGAAGCUGAAAGCGCCCAAUAAAGGAUGCGUGAGAGGGCCGCGCGGAACUGGAGCACGGGCGGCUGGCUGCUGGCACUCUGCCUGGUCUGGCUGUGGACCCUCCUGGCCUCGGCUUCCUUGCAGCCUCCAACUCCCACAGUCCCCGUGAAGCAGGGCACCUGCGAGGUGACGGCUUCUCACCGCUGCUGCAACCGGAACCGCAUCGAGGAGCGCUCCCAGACCGUCAAGUGCUCCUGCUCCUCCGGCCAGGUGGCUGGCACCACGCGGGCAAAGCCCUCCUGCGUGGACGCCUCCAUCGUCCUGCAGAGGUGGUGGUGCCAGAUGGAGCCCUGCCUGCCGGGGGAGGAGUGCAAGGUGCUGCCGGACCUGUCGGGGUGGAGCUGCAGCCGGGGACACAAGGUCAAAACCACCAAGGUGACACGGUAGUUCUUGGGGUCAUGGCCUCGGCAGAACAGCUUGACUGACCCGUGGACGGAAGCAUGGUAUCCAGUUAUCAGCCGGCAAGUCUGGAGGUUCGCUUACCUGGACACACGCCCCAGGUCAGAGGCAGCAUCGCCUUUCCCAGGGGCGUUUCAGUUAAGCUGCUCGGCGGAUAUGGACAGACGUCCAGCCACAGACCGAGUGUUGCGCUGGGCUCUCCUGGGGGACACAGCAGAAGGGCACGAUACAACACCUGCCCUCAAGGAGUGUCCAGUCAAGUCGGAGAAUUGAUGAAAGACGCUUUAGAUCAUGAGCGUGUGGUACCAGACGGUGGCUUCUGGGCCGUAGGCUGUGGGCAUGUUGGGGGUGAGGGGCUGAGACUCCCACAGCUCUGCAGCCACUCCCCGGUCACCGGGCACAGAGACAAGAGGUCACAUUGACCACCCACCACUUCUCUCCCUCACAUGGGUCCAAAAACCCAGUGAACUGCUAACGUGUUGAAGGAAGACGUGUGUCCCUCUGCAGACUGGCUGCACAGCCUUUGCCUGGGACUGGCUUGACUUGCGGAAGGGACGCAGAGAUGAAGCCAAACUUUCCAGCGGAGCUUCUGCAGACGGGGGGCCCGGUUUGGGCUGUUCGUUGUUGGGCAAGGGAUGGACGGGACCUUCAAUCACCGCCAUCCAAACAC